AUGCUCGUUCGUACCAUUGUAACAGGACUGCUGUGUAUCAUCCGUUGCUCAUCCGCAUUCGAGCAAAAGGAUCUAAAGCAUGCCGUCUCCGCACUGAGCGCUCAACUUUCCGAUGAAGCCACUAUCACAUUCCCGGGAGGAGCCGAAUGGGAUAUAUUGCAGUUGCGCGCCUCGUCACCGCGUGUAUCUCCUCAUUACAGCGUCAUUGUCCAAGUAGCGACCGAGUCCGAUGUACAAGCGACAGUCACCUUGGCUAAUCGUUUCAACAUUCCUUUCCUGGCUAUCUCAGGUGCUCAUGGAUGGACAAAGUCGCUCAACAAACUGCCAUAUGGCAUUCAGAUCAAUAUGCGGAAGCUCAAUACUACGACACUGAGCCAAGAUGGAAAGACUGCCAUGGUUGGGGGCGGUACGUUGCAAUACGAGAUCACCCGCGCACUGUUUGCCAAGGGAAAGUAUGCUGUCACCGGACUUUCAGAAUGUGUUUCUGUCGCAGGUCCCCUCUUGGGAGGUGGCCACAGCUUGCUACAAGGCCAAUACGGCUAUUCUCUCGACGGACUUGUCUCCGCACGCUUAGUGAUCGCCAGUGGCAAAAUAGUCGAAGCAUCUCGCACGAGGAAUGCUGAUCUCUUCUGGGCCUUACAAGGAGCCGGUCAUAAUUUUGGCAUCGUGACCAGCCUUGAAGUCAAGACCCAUGAUAUACCAUCUAACUGGACAGUAUACUCGUUGAUAUACCCAGCUGAGAAGAUUGAGUCGCUAUUCAGUCUUCUCAAUGAUUUUGAAGGCCCAUCAAUGAAGCGGCCAGCGAAAUUGGCACUCACUGGAGUGUUCGCGAAGCUUCCUGGUGUUGAUCCAGUCAAUCCCGUAGUAGCAUAUACCGUCGCAUACGAAGGGUCACAAGCAGAAGCAGAGCCAUACGCAGCCUACUUCAAAGCUCUCGGCCCCAUCUCAAUCACAGUCUCAACCAACGUCAACUAUGUUGAACUAUACACAGUAACUGGAAACAACAUCGACAGCCAUGUCUGCGCAAAGAAUGAGAACAUCGCUGGAGCCGGCGUCACACUGCCUACCUGGGACAUUGAAGGUCUCCGCAAAGCUUUCACGGUUUUCGCAAACGUGACGGCAGAUCCUCGGUUCAGCACCGCCAUCAUUCUCUUGGAAAAUUACGGUAUGCAGGGUGUGAGGGCUGUUGAUCCAGCAUCCACUGCUCUAGCACUGGAGGAGCGCGAGAAUCCUAUCCUUGCAAGUCCGGUCUUGUGGUGGAAGGGCGACGAUGAGCAGACGAAUAAAGACGCGUAUGCAUACACGCGCGCAAUUCGUGAUGCGCUAUAUACGGGGCUUGAUAAGAGCGAUGGGAAGCGGCAUUGCUAUGUUAAUUAUGCCAAUGGAGAGGAACCAAAGGCUGAGUUGUAUGGGUACGAUGCCAGGCUUGCGAAGUUGACCAAACUGAAGAAUGAUUGGGAUCCGAAGAACAGUUUCAAGUACUACAAUCCGAUAUGA